UUAAAUAAAAAAAAUGACGUCGUCACACAACAGUGAAAUAAAAAAUUUUGUGCAAAAACAAACGUCGGCACAAAAAAUUACAUUUUCCAUCGACGACAUUCUUCACGAGAAAAAUAACAAUGUGAAUGUGAAAAAUUUUGACAAAAAUAGUCCUGCAGCUACUUUAACUCGUAAAUUGAGCAACAACAAAGAAAGUGACACAAAUUCAAGUAAUUUUAACUCCAAAGCAGCAGAUUGCAAGUAUAUGCCAGUGCCGGGAGCAAAUAAUCCGGCAAUGUAUGGAACGGGCUCUUAUGAUCCAUCGUAUAUUCAGAUGUUAGGCUCUUAUUUGACACCAACAGCCUCAGGAUACAAAAGUCUUGAUCCGUAUUUUUUAUCACAAGGAUUUUUUGCUGGCUUCUCUUCAAAUGGAUGCCCAAUGCCCGACAUUGCCAUUGGUUUGGGUAUGGGAAUGAACGCUUUGCGACACUGUCGAAGACGUAAAGCGAGAACGGUUUUCAGUGAUCCACAGUUAACGGGCUUAGAAAAACGCUUCGAAGCUCAACGAUACCUUUCGACGCCCGAACGAGUUGAAUUGGCAUCCGCUUUGGGCUUAUCCGAAACUCAAGUCAAAACAUGGUUUCAAAAUCGACGAAUGAAGCACAAGAAACAGUUACGACGAAAGGAAGCUGGCACAAACGGAGGAGCGAAAGGAUUAAACGGCAAUUCAGCUAACAAUCCCGCGUCAAAUCUUCUCGUUCGAUUGCCACAAUACAGUCAAGAUCGGAAAAGUUAUAGCGAUAUCGAUUCGGAUGAAGAAGGCAGCGACGUGGAUGUCAUUGGCGACGAUAAGGGAUAUUUGUCAUAAAAGUAAGGAAACAUUCGAAAAAAUUACGUAAAGUGUACAUAAA